AUGAAUAUUUUGGAUCAAUAUUACACUGCACUCAUUGGAGUUCAAGGGUUAAAGGAAAGAGGCUAUGAAAAGGGAGUUUGUCCAGAGAUUGAACAAAUAAGAACAGUCAAGUUUACAACAACUGUUUUUGCCUUUGUCUUUGGUGGUCAGUUUGGUUAUGGAAUUGUAGAUGACAGCUUUCAACGACACAACCAGUUGACCGUGUAUGAAUCUGUAAUGCAUGCUCAGCGUCGCUACCAUGCAUCUGUAGUUGUGGGAUUUGUUAAGUAUGGAUGGCGCUGGGGAUGGAGAGCUGGUGCCUUUGCGGGUGUUUACAGCUUUCUUAUGGUAGCACUGGAGGCUUAUUGCAACAGACAUGAUGCACUGAAUUUUAUGGCCAGUGAAGGUAAGUGUGGAGAUUGAAAACACUCUAUUUGGUACAUACACAAUACUUAGUUUGUAAAAUUUCUUUUCUCAGAAUAAAAAGUCAUAAUUCGAUUAAAUCUGUAAUGAAAACAUUUUGUCACUUUUAAAGCAGAUUAUCAAUCAGGUUAAUUAAUUUGCCACAUGAUAACAUUUUGCUUUGAACAUAACAGCCUCAAUAGGUGUUCUGCAUAACAUAUUUUCUGGGAGGCAUAAAAUGGCUGUUGGGGCAGCAUUUGAUGGGGAUUUGAGGUUGGCAAGUUUUGUUGAAAAGAAAAUGAACUGACUGUAGUACUUAUCAUGAUACCAACAAUAGA